GUUGUGCAAUAGAAAUGUUAUAAGACGAAGCGUUGUCAAUAGGAUAGGCUGUCACUGCUGAGCUUAACUUAUCUGCAACUUCACCAUGGCUCCAGGUGCUAUUAUCCCAGAGAUCCAAGAACAGGACACCAUUCAACCUAAGAAAGAUACCCUGGGUCUUCCAGAGCCUACAAAAAAGCGACUGGAGAAGGCAGGUAUUGAUCUAUCCAAAGGAUACCCGUACAGGCCCGCAAAACCCCUAUAUCUCGACGAUGUACGAAAGAUCAGAGACUAUGAUCGCGAAUUCGUAGAUCCUGGCUCCCGAGCUGAUCCAGAGAAGAAGGCUUUGUUGAGUGCAGCCAAAGAAGUAAUUCACCUGACGUCCCACAUCGGAACGGAAAUAGUUGGACUUCAGUUGAAGGACCUUACCGAUCAGCAAAAAGAUGAGCUUGGUCUUCUGAUUGCUGAGAGAAGUGUCGUGUUCUUCCGCGAUCAAGACAUCUCGCCUCAGCAACAGAGAACACUCGGCGAGUGGUAUGGGGAGGUCGAAGUUCAUCCACAAGUUCCGUCAGUACCUGGCGUGCCCGGAACGACCGUGAUAUGGCCUGCGCUGCAGGCUACAGAGUUUCCAGCCCAUUUCAGGCAGACUGGCGGGGCAUCGCAUUGGCACACUGAUCUUGUGCAUGAACGCCAGCCAGCAGGCGUAACCCAUCUGCACAACGACACAAUCCCAAAGAUUGGCGGCGACACUCUCUGGGCGUCCGGGUAUGCUGCAUACGAAAAGCUUUCGCCUGGCUUUCGCGCUAUUAUCGAUGGCAGAGAAGCUGUCUAUCGGAGCGCACAUCCCUACCUGGACCGUGAGAAUCCGACAGCUGGCCCGAAAUUCCUCGAGCGCAUUCACCCUCUCGUUCGCGUGCAUCCUGCAACAGGCUGGAAAGCACUCUGGGUGAACCGCGCAAUGACCGAUCGCAUUGUCGGCCUAGACAAAGCAGAAAGCGACGUGAUCCUCAACUAUCUGUACGAUGUUUACGAGUCGAACGUUGACAUCCAGGUUCGGUUCCGAUGGACUGCUGGGACGUCUGCGCUAUGGGACAACAGGAUCACGAUCCACAAUGCCAGCUGGGACUAUGAGGGCAAUGAGCCGAGACAUGGCACGAGAGUGACAUCACUGGCCGAGAAGCCAUUCUUUAAAGCGGAUGCGCCAACGAGACGACAGGCGCUCGGUUUGGCUGGGCCUGGUGAUGUUUAG